AUGCCACCCCAACGUAUGCCGCCAUUACCACGUCGUAAUACUGGUGCACCGUCAGAGGCAUACGGCCACAAUCCCAAAGUGCCAGGCCCAUACCUCGAUUCACCACAAGACGUCAGCUCGUUACUUCUUGUAUUUCCCCACCUGGAUCCAAAGGAUGACGCUCUUGCUGAGAGGGUAUGCAUUAGAGUUCGCAAAUAUAUGAAGCGAUAUGAUAACACACACGACUAUGAGCACAUUCAAAGAGUAGUCGCAAACGCCGACCGAAUAUGGAAUUCCGACCCGAUGUUUGCCAUUGAAUUGAACCCUCUGGUUGUCUUUCUAGGCUGCUUGAUGCACGACGUGGGCGACCACAAAUACCUACGUUUCUGGGAGAGUGGCGAACGCAUCAAGGAGAAGAUGCUUAUCAAGUGUGGUGCUUCUAAACAACUGGCACGGAAGGUCCAGAUCAUUGCAACAAACGUGUCGUAUAGGAACGAGAAGCGAAGACCAGGCCAUGUCCGAAGAAUCUGCAACGAGCAUAAAGAGCUGGCGGUGGUGCUUGAUGCAGAUAGAUUGGAAGCCCUUGGUCCCGUAGGACUGGCUCGAACUUUUGCUUUCCACGGCCGCAGCAGGCAGUUCAGGCAUACCAGUAUCUGGGGUGCGUUGCAGCACAACUGGGAAAAGCUGUACGAGUUACCUUCAAUGAUGAAGACAGCUUAUGGCAGAGAUGAAGGCCAGCGGCUUUGGAAAAAGACACUGGAGUUCACCAAUGAAUUCAGUUUGCAGGCAGACAUUUCGGCAGUGGUCAAUCCUUGA